AUGAAGCAGCUCGACUCUCGCUUGGGUAUCGUGUCGUGGCAAGCAAUUGAACACAGCAAAUACUUUGUACAAAGCCCUCUCAGUUCAACAAGAUCAGGUGCUUUUGGCUUGGCAGAGACGACAGACGACGCAAGACUUGGGAGGAAUGCGGAAUGCAGAGAGGCGGCGCGGCCUGCCGCAGCGGCGCUGAUAUACUGGUUGCCCCGCCACCGACUUUACGGCCGCAGAAAAAAGGCCCUGGGCGGCGGGAAGCGGGAGUCAAUAAAAAUGGCAAGGCUGGGCUGA